AUGCCCGACCAACCCCAGCUCAUGGAUAAACUUGCGCUCGACGAUCAAACUGCCCGUUCCGACGACACGGUCGUCCCCGUCACAGACGACCAGCAUGUAAUACUCGUCGUUGCGGGAGGCGAUCCAGUCGAAUCGGGCAUUCCAUGCUUCCUCGCUGAUGUCGCCGACGGUUGUCAGCACGCGCAGGACGUCCAGGUAGCCCCGGUGGAAGUCUGA